CCCCGUCCCGUCGUCCCGUCCCAUAUUAGUUGAGACCAGAAGUUGGGUGAGUUGAGAAGGAACGAGCGUUGCGUUCGCAGUGGUCGUCGAAAGCUCCAUCGUCAAACGUCCGGUCCGGCGUCGGCAUGGACGAGCUGCAAGUAUCUCCGCCUGAUGCGCGGGGAAGUCCAGGGAAAGAGCAACAAGCAGCUGGAGUCGGGAUCCUUCUUCAGAUCAUGAUGCUGGUCCUCUCCUUCGUCCUCGGCCAUGUUCUGCGUCGUCACAGAUUCUAUUAUCUUCCCGAAGCCAGCGCCUCUCUCUUAAUUGGUUUAAUCGUUGGUGGGCUUGCCAACAUCUCAAAUACGGAAACUAACAUCAGGACAUGGUUUAACUUCCAUGAAGAGUUCUUCUUCCUCUUCCUAUUGCCUCCAAUCAUAUUUCAGUCAGGAUUCAGUCUGUCACCUAAACCAUUCUUCUCAAACUUUGGAGCCAUUGUUACAUUUGCUAUUUUAGGAACAUUCAUAGCUUCAAUUGUUACAGGUGUUUUGGUUUACCUUGGCGGUUUGAUGUAUCUCAUGUACAGACUUCCAUUUUUGGAAUGCCUGAUGUUUGGUGCUCUUAUUUCAGCAACAGAUCCUGUAACUGUUCUAUCCAUAUUUCAGGAACUUGGCACAGACACGAACCUUUAUGCCUUGGUCUUUGGGGAAUCUGUUCUAAAUGAUGCCAUGGCAAUUUCCUUGUACAGGACAAUGUCGCUUUUACAAAGCCAUGCAUCAUCCAGACAGAAUUUUCUUGUCGUUGUCGUCAGAUUUCUUGAGACCUUUGUUGGCUCUAUGUCAUCAGGGGUUGGAGUCGGAUUCAUUUCUGCUUUGCUUUUCAAGUAUGCAGGUUUAGAUAUUGACAACCUUCAGAACUUGGAGUGCUGUCUUUUUGUCCUUUUCCCUUAUUUCUCAUACAUGCUAGCUGAAGGCCUUGGCCUCUCUGGUAUUGUAUCGAUAUUGUUCACAGGAAUUGUUAUGAAGCACUACACUUACUCCAAUUUGUCAGACAAUUCUCAGCGAUUUGUGUCUGCUUUUUUUCAUCUGAUAUCAUCGUUGGCAGAAACAUUUGUAUUUAUUUACAUGGGAUUUGAUAUUGCUAUGGAACAGCAUAGCUGGUCCCACGUUGGAUUCAUCUUUUUUUCAAUUUUAUUCAUUGGAGUUGCAAGGGCUGCAAAUGUUUUCUCUUGUGCAUACCUGGUGAAUAUGGUUCGACCUGCACAUCGACAAAUACCUGUGAAACAUCAGAAAGCACUUUGGUACAGUGGACUCCGAGGGGCUAUGGCCUUUGCCCUGGCUCUACAGUCAGUUCAUGAUCUCCCAGAGGGGCAUGGUCAGACAAUAUUCACAGCAACCACUGCCAUAGUUGUUCUAACGGUGUUACUGAUUGGAGGAUCAACAGGGACCAUGCUGGAAGCACUACAAGUUGUAGGUGAUGGACAUGAUGGCCCUUUGGGUGAAACAUACGAUGGAAACAGUGGGUAUAUGGUCCCUUCAUAUGACGGGGAAUUAUCAUCUGGGAACAGAAUCAAGAUGAAACUUAAAGAGUUCGGCAAAAGCACACCAUCGUUUACAGCAUUGGACAGGAACUACCUCACCCCAUUCUUCACUACUCAAAGUGGAGAUGAAGAAGAAGAGCAAGAUGAGGCAGCGCCCAGUUCUAGAAGAGGUGGUUUGGGGCGCGCAUAACUAAAACUUAAACGCCUCGAGUUAUUCUUCUUUUUCAGAACAGAAAUGCCGUUGCCGCUUUUACAAUGAAUUUCUCACUUUCUCGCUUUCUUCUUUCACCAGAAGUAUACUAACAUUGUGCCACACAGAAGCCAUGAGAUGAAGAACGAAAUCAAACAAACUAUAUCCGGUAAUAGUGUAGUUGGCUGGGUAUUGGUUACUCAUUAAUUAGUUAUCCUAGCUAGGUGGAGAAAAAUAGUAUUGUACAUUGAUCGUAUGAAGAAUUCUCGAUGUUUCUGUACAGAAUAUACAUAUAUUAUGGUCCAAUUUUGUUAUAUUUCUUGUAGAA